AUGAAUAAUAUGAAUAUAGUGCCAUCUGAUAAUUUUAAGAGUAGUGUUUCUACUGUCUCUGAGAGUAAAAUAGUUUCUAAUGCGGUUCCAUCGUUGCCAGAUACUUUGCGUCAACAGGAAGGUGGUGCAGUUCCUCUAUCGACACAGUUGAAUGACAGACAUCCAUUGGAGAACCGUGUGCAAAACUGGGAAGAGACCCAACGUAAGAGACAGCUUGAACAGUACAGACAAAUUUUUGGUAUAGCUGAGCCAGUUAAGAGGGAGAUGGAACUUAAAAUUGUUGAGAAUACCGAUUUUAACCCGUUAUCUAACAAUGCAUCAUCUAUCCAUCGUGACAUUCUAUUGAACAAGGAAUGUGACGUCGAUUGGGAAGAUGUAUAUACUUCUACUACAGAUUCAAAUUCUAUGCUAACUAGCAACGUUCAUUCUAAGAUUGAAUCAACUUUAGGUAUAUAA